AUGAUUAUCAUUAGCAUUCAGUGGCCCCACUACGUGAAAGUGGAAAACAUUGCUGAAACCGCGAAAAAGCAAAGAUUCGGUUGCGUUCGGUUCGGUCUUUAUUGCUCGCGGUGGACUAUCAGUGCAAAAAGAAGAACGGAAUCGCAAAUCGACCACGUCGUAAUCGACGGUAGACACUUCUGCGACAUCAUCGACGUCAGGACCUAUCGCGGCGCCAACGUCGACUCGGACCACUAUCUGGUGAUGGUGAAAAUGCGCCAACGACUUUCCCUGGCGAAAAGCGUUCGGUACCGCCGCCCUCCGCGGCUGGAUCUGGAGCGGCUUAAGUUACCGGAAGUCGCAUCCCGGUACGCGCAUUCGCUGGAGGCUGCGUUGCCAGGAGGGUGA